CAAUAUAGAGAUGGAUAUAGGUUACCAUGGAAGCAGUACGGUAUUGACAAAGAAUCAAUAUAGGACUGGCCCACGCGCCGUUUUCCCAUAGCGCUGCUUUCACCAUCGAGCGCUCGUGUUCUCCUUGGAGACGAUUGUUACGCAAGGUACGUUCAUAGAUCCUUGAUCUCUUUUAGGAUCCACUGUAGGCAAAUUAAGAUCUACCAUUGUGGCACGAGUCGUCCGCCUAGAAAAGUCAAAGACAGGCUCGGUGGACUCUUUUUCCAGUCCAGAAUGACUAGGGUGGCGGCCGCGAAGCGUGGGAAUAUCUGGUUUAAGGAUCGCUGUGGGUUUUGGAGGGUACGGAGUACUGUAUAUGGAUUCUUCAUCCCUGCAUUGCCGGUCCAGUCUCAGCCUGAUCCAUGCUGGGGACCACGGGCCCCCGGUUGGAUACUUUUAGCCUCGUUGUGUAAGAGGUUGAUGCCACCCCGUGGAUAUACUGCAGCACGACUGGAGGUUUCGUGGGAGGGGUCGAUCAUUUGCCCAGCCCAUCCUGCUCCGGUUGUUUGCUUUCAGAUUCCUUUGAUGCCGACCAGCUGGAACUGGAGUUAGGGCUUUGCCAGCAACGCCAUCAAUGUCGACCGUGACAUUGUGCAAGGUCCAUCAUCAACCACAGUACCUUUCAGCGACAGGAUAAUGGCUUUCGUUGUCAAACAUAUGCCAAAAAUCAUUCUUGCUGGCAUUUCAUUCCCUCCCCUCAUCCUCGGGAGCCGCACGUAUUCGACGCUUUUGCACAAUCGGGGGAUGCUUUUAAUUCUGCGAGCAUCGUGGGACUCGCAGGCACAAGUGGUCACUUCUCUUGAUCGCUCACAGAGACUCCGGACCUAGGUGGUUUCUUGAGAAGGCCUUCUCCGGUACCCGGAUGGUCGUCGACAGAGGUUCUCGCGGCAUGUCUUCUUUGAGCUUUUGCAGGCCUCGACGGCCUCGAUAGGCGUCGAGGACUCCCUCAUUCUGCGCUUUCCCGUCGCAUGUCUAGCUGUCCGCCAUCUGCUUCGCGGUGCAGUCUCGCGUUUCUCUUGGCUGCUCGUAUAGAGGUGACCGAGUAGGUGUAGAGGAGCCCGGCCAUUACAAUGGCGGCAAUGGGGGCAGUGAGAGUCUGCAGCAUGUCAGCUUACGCCUGGAGGCACCGCGCUUCUGUUUGCUUACCCGAGCAUUCCACACGGUGCUUUUGUGUCGAGCCAUUGUUCUCCAGGCUGUCCCGCAGGACGAUUCUUAGUAUCUUAGAAUUAUCUUAGCACAGCACAGACUAUGCAAUCGGAGCAUCAUAGAGAGAUGCAGCAAAGAAUGUCUGCAAUACUACAGUUGUAGAAAAGUUGAAACUGAAGCGUGUGAUGGCAUGAUCCGAGAGAUUUACGGGCCGUAUGAUUGGGCUCCAAACGCAGGCAGCGUCCGAACCC